AUGACGUCACCCCGCGGCGCAGCGCACCGCCCCCGGCGCCCCCAGGACGAGGAGGAGGAGGAGGAAGGAGAAGGGGGGGGAGGGGCCCUCGGGAGCCCCCCCGGGCCGCGGCUCAAAGGGCCCGUGUACCGGCUGGGCUCGCGCCGCUGCCGCCGCUGCCUGAUCACGUUCCCGGACGCGGCGUUUGCCGCCCGCCACGCCAAGCGCCAGCACCCGCGGGACUUCGCGGCGGCCGCGCUGCGGGGGGCGCUCUUCGUCUGCUUCGUCUGCGCCCGCCCCUUCGGCUCCUCCCCCGCGCUGCUGCGCCACCAGCGCGGCCACGCCCUCGCCCCGCCCACUUCCGGUGCCAAAACAAGGGCACUUCCGGUCAUAGCUACACCCACUUCCGGUCCAAAACCCGGGCAACUUCCGGUCAUAGCGACACCCACUUCUGGGGCUAAAACCAGGGCACUUCCGGUAAUGGCAACACCCACUUCCGGUGCCAAAACAAGGCAACUUCCUGUCAUAACCCCACCCACUUCCGGUGCCCAAACCAGAGCACUUCCGGCCCUUGCUGCACCCACUUCCGGUGGCAAAACAAAGGCACUUCCUGUUUUCACCCCGCCCACUUCCUGUGCUGAGUCCAGGCAACUUCCGGUCCUCACCCCGUCCACUUCCGGUGCCAAGGCCGCACCAUUUCCGGUCCUACCCACAAGCACUUCCGGUGUGCAGGCCACGCCCCUCCAAGCCAAUAUCACACCUACAACCGGUGUGAAAUCCAAGCAACUUCCGGUCAUGUCCACACCCACUUCCGGUGUGCAGGCCACGCCCAUUCCGGCGGCCACGCCCCCUCUGGCCUGCACCGAGUGCGGCCGCGCCUUCGCCCGCGAGGGGGCGCUGCACCGCCAUUACAUCCGGCACGCGCGCGGGGAGCUCUGAGGGGCGGGGCUUCAGUGGAAAGGCGGGAAAUAAAGCGGGUCCUGAUUGGUCGUGCGGUUGUGACGUCAUCGGGGUGAAAGGGGCGGGGCUAAAAGAGGAAUAAAGCGGGUUGUGAUUGGUC